CAAACCACAACCGCUACAAACUUUUACGACAACUUCUCUCCAUCCCGGAACAAACUUCUCACAGAAAAUCUGCGGCUCCACCUUCUUCUUCCUUCCUUCUUGGCUGGCGAUUGGGAUUUCUGAAUUUCUGGCUUCUUCGCUGAGAUCCAGGGACGCCAAGACAGAGAUGCUGCAGUGCUUCUUCUGUUGUUCCAUUCUUCUUUGUUGAGUAAUAGCGUAAGUAAUUCAGGAUGAGACAAUAAGGGAAGCAAUUAAGCAAACAAUACUGCAAGCCGGGAGAAAGUGAGAAUAAGAUUACAUAUUUCUUCUGCGCAAGGUCUAGAACAAAAAUAUCAAACACUCAGGGGCAUAAGAAUGUGUUCACCGUGAUCCCUAGGCCCCCAAUGGAGUUGGGAUGAUAUUGAGUUUUGUUGUUGCUGUUGAUAUAUGCCGUAAUGUACUCAUUCAAGGGGUGCACCAAUCUUGAGUCUCAUCUUUUUCUUAAAAUAUACUCCCUCCGUCCCAAAAUAAACUUCUCCUUUCAUUUUUUCUUUGUCCUCAAAUAAACUUCUCUUUUUCCUUAAAAAACCCUUUUUACCCCUUACUUUUUUAUACCCUACCUAUCACAUCAUACCUUUUUACUAAUAAUCUACAUAUUACAUCUUACUUUUACACAUCACAUCAAGGGUAUUUUUGGAAAGUCAACACCAAAAUAUUCCUUCCUUAAUUUCCCAAAAAGUCAAAAAAGGAAGUUUAUUUAGGGACGGAGGGAGUAUACAUCGCCAAGCAAUAACGACAAUGGAGGACGAGACCAACACCGGUUCCUCCUCCUCCUCCUCAACAAAGGACGAUGCAUUGACGGUGGGCGAAUGCCAAAAGAUGAUUCAAAGGAGCCUCCAAACACCAAAGGUGAAGUUCCUAAUGGAUCACUUGAAGAAAGCUGGGUGUGAGAUCAGUGACAGUUUCAUCAAGGCUGAACGCUGUGAUGACAUGGUCAGUGGGGGCUAUCUCCAAGGCAAAGGCAUAGUCGUGUGCAGCAACGAACUGAGGCUACAAGAUGAGGUAAACCAAGUUGUCCUACACGAGCUUAUUCACGCGUAUGACGAUUGUCUCUCUGCAAAUCUGAACUGGGCAGACUGUGCCCACCAUGCCUGUAGUGAGAUCAGAGCUAACCAUCUGAGUGGCGACUGUAGUUUCAAGAGAGAGUUGCUGCGGGCCCACUUUGGGAUUCGUGGUCACGAGCAAGAAUGCGUUCGGCGAAGAUCAAUGAAGUCUUUGAAAUCCAACCCGUACUGUUCUGAAAGGGCUGGUAAGGACGCCAUGCUUGCGGUCUGGGAUUUGUGUUACAAUGACACAAGACCCUUUGAUGGUGCUCCAUGAAAUGAAGCAUGUUAAAUGGUACUCCCUCUGCAGAUCCUGUUUUAGGUAUGCAUAUUUUUUGCAUAUUUGGGUGAAGGACAGGUUUGAGAGAGAGAGAGGAAGUUUUUCUUUUACUUUCAACUCCGAGAAAUGAACGAUUUUACGUUAA